AUGGCCAGCUGUGACACAAUCUCACUGACGCAACCCUCCGCUUUCACCUCCUGCGCCUGCACAUCUGUAUCACUCCCACUCCGCCCUCCCCCUUUCCGCGCAACCCCGAAACCAACCUGGGCUCGUGCUAAGAGCCUUUAUUCAAAACACACAGUGAUCCCAAUAAACUUCCCCGACAUCGCCGCCAUUGAUGUCCGUCAAAUCCAGAAGAGCGCAUCCGUCGUUGUCCUCGGGAAGCUGAUGGGAUCCUCGCCGGUCACGGUUGCCUGGAAGCACGGUCUCGAACUCGAGCGUGAGUCCCGCCGGAAACGCUCCGGUGAAUGGUUAUUUCGGUACAGUGUCCUCCGUCAUGGGACGAAUUCGGUUCCGCUCACUUCGACCUUGGGGCGGGCGGACCGCUCUACCCAUGCUCGCUCAGACCCCUCUUUUGCCGAUAUGGUGCAGAUGGCUUCGGAGUCGUGGUCAUCUCACGGCAAUUCCGACCUGGGCCGGAUCGUCGUCGGCAAUGUCCUUCCUCUGCUUUACAUACGUGCGUGUCGGAUUGGAGCAUUCCUCCCCUCGCGUCUCGUUAACUGUGGUCCGGAUGUCUUUGCCCACCGCGUCGUUCCACAACUGAGUAUCCAGAGACGCGAAGUCGGCUGCUUGGGAGCCUGGUCUCUCUCUUGCUUUCUUGGAUCGCCGGUUGAGCGAGCGCAGACGAUGGGAUUCCCCCGGCCUCCCUUUGACACGCUCGAGGUAUCCAUUCUCGAGGUGGAGGGUGGCAAAGGCCGCGACGGAAAGCGGGCAGAGAUCGCUGCAGCUGUUUUAGACGGGCGGAUUCGAAGACCGGAUUGA